AUGCCGGUAGAUAGCACCUCGAUUUCGUACAUCUCCUCUGUCGCGGCGACUGCACGGAAUCUCUACCGCCGCGCGAAGACAUCAGGCCCUGAAUUUGCAGACAUCGCGACUGGUGUGCGUCCUCUGCACUCGGUUCUCAAGCAUCUGCGCGCCGAGGCAGAGGACCCAGACAGUCUCCUCAACAGCGACGGAUAUGAAUCCUCAGUCUACGCCCGUCAACUUACACCAAUAGUCGAGGACACCGACUUCACGCUCAAGCAGCUGGACACAAUCCUCGAGAAGUAUGGCUCUUAUCCCAGCGACGGCGAAAGCCCCGACAGUGGGCGAAGAGAACGGGCAAACUCCAGUGCCAAACGCAUGGAGGACCGCGAGAGGGACAUGGUCGCUCUGAUAAGGACCAAGCUGGCGAACCAGAAGACCAACAUCGACAUCUUCCUAGACACGGUGCAGCUGCACAAUCCGACGAGGCAGCACAAGCCCGUCGACCUGGAACAUGCAGACGAUCAGCAGAUGGACAAGAUCAAGGAUAAGGUUGAUGUUGUGGCUGCGCGUCUGUUCCAGCGCAGGGCCAGGGCCUCGGCCUCAGGCGAUGCCGCCCAGGAGAGCGAGGAUCAGAUGUGGCAGGAGUUCUGGGCCGAGCUGGUCAAGGAGGGCUUCUCAAGUGAUGUCCUCAGGAAGCACAAGGAAGUUCUGCGCGCUUACAUCCGUGAGCUGGACUCAAACGGUUACCUGGAUGACAAACCGCCGUCGGUGCGUGGCCUUCUAGACCAACAGCUGCCGCAGGGUCGCCGCAACGGUGCAUAUGCAGCUCAGCAAUACGCGCCAUAUCCGGAGACGCCCGCAUUCGGUGCUCGCCAACCGCAGCAGUAUGGAUCCUCACCCUUGCCACCGCCAGUGGAAAUCACCCCGGCCUCGUACCCAUCAAAUCCCCAUGGCGAGACCAUGUCUCCCAAGGAGAUGGUCUCGCCCAGCAUGGACAACGAGAAGUUCAUGCCCAGCGUGAAACUCGAACGGCGCCAGCCGGAACAGUGGCCCAGCCAUGCGGAGAGCCAUUCACCAACCAAGCCGGGUUAUAACCCUUACAUUCCGCAGAGCCAACAAGGUGGCCACCCUCCACCACCAACAAGCAUGCCGAUGCAAACGUCCUACGAGCGCUAUUCGUCCGAUUCAUGCUCGGACUCGGGCUCAACGGACUCGCAACAACUGGCUCUGAUCUCCACUCAGGAUCUCAUGGCCCUAGACCGCAAUGAAGCUGACAACCUCUCGGCCCGCAUGGGUGGGCUUGGUCUCUCGCCGGCCUUGUUGCCCACAAAUUACGGCGUCUCGCCGGGCACUUCACCCAGCACACGAUAUCUUCCGCCGCCCGUCGCUGCCCUGCCGCCGGACCACCCGCUUAGCUCAUCGCCACAGUCGCAGGCGCUUCAAGGCGCCGCGCCGCGAUACGUCCCACCUCUCCCCGGCUAUGGAAGUCCGACGGCUUCCACACUGACGCCGCCACCUCCUUAUGCCUCUCCCAUCUCACAAGGCGCUGCGCCCAUUCCUUUCCCCUCCUCGGCGCCCGUCCUCGGCACCUGGCUUCCCACCACCGCCAACAUCGGCACCCAGACCCCAGCCGAGACGGAUUCCGAGGAUAUCAUCUGGGAUGAGUCAGAUACAACUGAUUCUGAGUCCCGCGAUCGGUCCGGGGCUUUGACGGACAAGUACGUUCCCCGGGAGCAUCGUCGCCGACGUAACAGGAGAGCUUCGACCAACUCCACCAUCCAAGAGGAGCCAGAGCUCGAAGAGAAGGGAGAUCGGAAGGGCCACAGGGUCUACCCGGUCAUCGUUGAGAAGACCUCACCCGCAGCCGUCACCCAGCCCAAGCCCAUCCUCAAGAAUCGUAACGAGAACCACGUCAGAUUCGACGAGGAUGGCCCAAGAGAGGUUGACCCCAGGGAGUUGGAGAGGGAAAGAGAACGCAGGGAGCGCAGGGAACGGAGGAGAGCAGAGAGGGAGAGAGACGGCGACCGCCGCCGCCGAGAUCGCGAGGGGCAUCGCGACCGCGGCGGUGACCGCGACCGCGGCGGUGACCGCGACCGCGAGCGUGAUAGAGACCGCGACGCCACCCGCGACAGAGAGCGCGAGCGGGAUCGCGACAGAGAGCGAGACAGCAGGCAGCAUCGCGACCGCGACCACCACUCGUCGUCUUCGCACUACCGCCCCCGUGACCGCGACACCACGCGGGACCGGACUGUCGACCGCGAGCGCGAGCGUGAGGAGGCACGCGACAAGCGCCGCGCAAAGAAGCGUGUCUGGGGCGAGACGCUCGGGGCCGUCGGUAUCGGCGGCGCCGCGGCGUCGCUCCUUGGCGUCUUGACCGAGGCCGCGUCUGGGCUGUAA